CUUGUGCUCCAGCUUAUGUUCGGGCUUGCUGCUCGGCAGCACGCAGCAGCCUAGCUCCCCGGUGUCAGACCCCCAUCGCCGCCGCGUCGACCCCGGGCCGCUCCCACCCCAUGGCGGCGAAGCAGGCGGCGGCGGGCGAAGCCUUCGCGGCCCAAAUCAACGCCAUGUCCCGCUCCGAGAUGUACGACAUGAUGUCCCAGAUGAAGAACAUGAUGGACCACGACCAGGAGACGGUGCGCCGGAUGCUCGUCGACAACCCGGACGUCACCCGCGCGCUCUUUCGGGCACAAGUAGUACUUGGAAUGGUGAAAACACCUAAAACUGCACAAUCUUCAGACAUGGCCCAGCCCACAGCAGCGCCAACAGCAUCUUCAUCAGUUAGAUCUACAGUGCAAGAUCAUGCUAGCUUUCCCCAACCCCCGUUACCUGCUAAUCAGCAGAGUGUUGCUCAACAUUCUGCCCCAUUUCUAUCUGGCCCUUCUAAUGUGGCAUCGACCAUGGAUCUUCCUGCAAUGCCAGCAAACCCACCACAAUCGGCACAUACAAAAGGAUACUCUAUCCAUCAGAUGCCUUCUGCAUCAGCUCCUCAGUCAUCUCAGCAUCCAAAUAUGAACUUACCUCAUGCUCCUCCACAGUAUUCCAAUCUUUCAUCACAUAUGCCUAUAGUUCAUAGUCAGCCACAGCAACCUUUGCAAAAUCCUGGAAUUUUUAAUCAGCAGUUGCAACCACCUUUGCCCCCGUUGCCUAGGCCACCCUCCAUGCAAUCCUUUGCACAUCAGAUGCAUCCACAAGUACCCAAUUCAUUUGGUUUGACUCAUGCAAAUGCUCCUCAGCACAUUUUGCAACAACCAAUGUUUCAUCCAGGUGGGAAUCCUCAAACUUCCUUCCUUGCUGGCCAACCACCAUUACCUAACCAGCCACCACCGCAGCUAUACCAGGCUACUUCACACUACAAUUCUCAAAGUACGACGCCCAUGCAAGUUGAUAGGUCAACUCUGUGGGGACGGGCCCCAGAAGCAUCCGCUGCUGGCUCCCAUUUCCCUGGACAGUUACCUGGGUUGCCUGGACAAAUGGCCCAAGGAAUUGGUGGUAUCCAGACAGGCCAAGCACCUUUGACACCUGAUAUGGAAAAGAUGCUUGUCCAGCAAGUCUUGGGCAUGUCGCCUGAACAGAUCAAUAUGCUGCCUCCAGAACAACGGCAACAAGUGCUUCAACUGCGUGACAUGCUUCGGCAAUGAUAGAUCGGCAGCUGACUGAGUACAAGAGUUUGAGUUCCCUGCAGCGGAGCCCUUCGGACCAGCUCUGCGGUCCGUGCUCAGCUUAUGCUGUGGCACCCUUCCGUUUUAGCCUUUGUUUCACCUGAUUGGCGUCCCGACUAGUCUGCAGCGUACCUUGGAGAUGUGAUUGUAGAAUGCUAGUCCUUGUCAUCAUUUAUAGAACGCUUGAACAAUGUAUUAUGAUUUCACUGACAAAUGAACGGCAUGUUUUGGUACUGUUUUGCCACUUCAAUUUCAAGCCGUGUUAAAUUGAUCGUUGAAUUGCACUCCUUGUCUGCCGACUUGGGCUAUGUCGGAUUGAUAUAGAGGAAAUGCAAUGAUCUAGACGCUCAUGUUUCUUGCUCUUCUUUUCUGGGAUGUAAUGAACACUGAUAAACUUUUUCUCA